ACUAAAAAGAAGAAGAUGAUGAUGGAACUGAUAAAGAAGAAGACGAUGAUAGAACUGGAAAUAAAGAAGAAGAGGAGGAAAGAAGCGGUUUUUCUAUUGUGCAGCGCGAGCACUGUUCGUCAAGUGGUGCGCACCAGAUAUAUGGUCAGAUAGAGAUAUAAAGGAGAUCAUGACCGUUGAAUUAUGUAACCAACCGGCUGAAGCGGUGACCCUUGGUUGGAUCGGACGGGCAUGGAUCCUCACCCGUGUGAGAUGGGAGUUAUGAAUCUGGAGAUGCAGAAUCGAAGACGAAUCAUCGAAGGAAAAGAGUAGAACUUUUAGCUGGAUGACCGAGAGCUUGAAAAAGGAAUUCUCAACUUUCGGGAUGACCGAGAUUUUACGUGUUGCCAAAUGCUAAUAUUGUUUUUGCCUCUUAUGUUACAUUGCUAAGUUUCUAACUCACAAUUUUAUCUAAAUUUCCUCAGAGAUCACUCAGGUGUAAUUGACGAAAUUGUUAAUCACAUACUAAAGAGAAGGUUAUGGUUCAAUCACCAUACAAUCAAGACAAAUGCGUUCAGUGCGAGAAGAACCAAACUCUAUAUAUAUAAACCACAAAGAGCAAACACUAUGUGCAUAACAAAUUACAGUCACUUGGUAAAUCAUUUCAAACACCAUGGCUCGCUUUCUCCUUUCAUUUGUCUUUGCUUCUCUCUUAGCCCUAGCUACUGUCCAUGAAACUCAAGCUAUUGAGUACAUGGUCGAGAACCGGGCUCUCAGCACCCCUGGUGGAGUCCGUUUUAGAGACGAGCUGGGCAUGGACUACACCAAGCAAAGAAUGAGAGACGCGACUGAUUUCAUCUGGAACCUCUUUAAGGAAACUACAGCUGCAGAGAGAAGGGACACGCCGCGCAUAAGCCUGUUCGUCGAAGACAGAGAAGGCAUUGCGGUUUCGAGCGAUGACAUUAUUCAUGUUUCAGCCAAGUACAUCCAGGACCUACCGGCAGCAAAUCUCAAAAACGACUUCAAUUGGGUACUUUACCAUGAGAUCACACACUCAUUGCAGAGGAAUGGAAAAGGUCAAGCUCCUACCGGAGUGGUAGAAGGGAUUGCUGAGUUUGUGACCUUGAAGUCUGGUUUUAUACCCGCCUCGUUUGCAAAACCUGGUGAUGGUAACAGUUGGGACGAGGGUUACAGCGUAACUGCACGGUUCCUGGAUUACUGCAAUGGUCUUAAAGACGGGUUUGUGGCAGAACUUAACAAGAAGAUGAUAGAUGGUUACAGUAACGAUUUCUUUAACCAGUUGCUCGGGAAGACAGUCGAUCAGCUGUGGACUGAAUAUAAAGCCAAAUAUGCAAACCAAGGGUAUUUCAUAUUAGUUGAUAACAUAUGUGAAUAAGAGCUAGGUCGUGUAUUAAGAAGGCGAAUAAGUGAUAGGGCAACAGGUUAAUUAUAUAUGACAUGUAUGUCCACUCAGUAUUCACUUAAUGCAAUUGUUUAGUGUACUGACUAUUAAAUAAAAUGCUUCUC